CAAAAUUCAUCAUUUGCGCUACUGCUCUUGCACAGCCUGCAAUUGUGAUAUAUGAAAAGUAAAAGACCAGAUAGAGACUUUUACCAUCAUCCACGGUACAGAUUAGCCGCUGAAGACCAUGGAGAUUCCCGUAAUGUCAGAGUUACCCGAACUGUUCCUGUAGCUGCAGAACCACCUAGCUACCAUAGAGAUGGGAUUAAUUCAUUGCUUGAACACCAUCCCUCACAAAAAUCUUUUAGUAAUGAGACGAAAAACGGUCGCCGUCUCCAGGAUCGUGAAAACACGAAUAAACUAAGAUCUGAUAAUCACUCUUCUGCGUCGGGUUUAGUUCCGAGACCUGCAGACGCCAACACAAAACCACUUAUUACUGCACCACCCCAGUUUAACAGUUCAAGAUCUGUAACUAGUAAUAAGCAGUAUUCUUCCAAACCAAGGCAGGAAUCUUUUGCCCCAAAUGAUGAUGUACAGAAUUCACGUUCACUCAGAAAUACCACUGUAAAUUCGACACCAGAAAAUUCUACGGAAAAACAUGGCGGACUUAUCCUUUUACCAAAAGAUGUGGACAUAUUUCAACAGAAUACUCAAAGCUCCAGGAAUCCUCGGCGUGAACCAGUUCGUUCUGAUUCGUCCAAACCAGUUGUUGUUGUCCGUCCGAGCUUCUCUAAUCCAUACAUUCAUCCUAAAACUACCAGCACCAGAUUAGAUUCACAAGGAGUUGACGAGUCAAAAUGUACCAGUCAAUGUAAACAGAGAUCAGACAAUGAUAUGAGUUCACACAAUUUUGCCAACGAUACAUCUUCCGAAUCAUCUGCUACUGCUGUUUUACCGGUCCCAUGGACUGAUGCUGCAAAAGCUGCAUUCUAUCAGUUUUUCAAAACUCAAACAAAAUUCAAUCCAUCUUCACCUCUUCAAACUGAAAGACAAUCGUCAAUACACCAUGUCGGUAAUCAACCUAAUUGUUUGUCUCCAGGAUCAACAGUUGUACAGCCUCCAAAGUAAGCCAAACCGUUGUAGA